CAUAUUUUAUUUUUGUCAUUCGGAGUGUUUACGAGGAAACACGUGUGAUGUCUGGUGCUGUGCGAGAACAAGUUUUUGUUUCUAAUCCGUUAUUCGUUGUUUACAAUUUUUGAUUUGAUAGUUUUGACAUUUUAUUUAUUAAAAUUCGCGUCCAUAAGAGUCAAAAUUUUACGUGUUUCGAAUGAUUAAUACGCUAAGUUAUUGUUAAUCGGUAUAAAUCAUGUUGAAAACCGUGUAAUAUAGUAUUUUUUUCAUAUUGAAAGUUUGCAUAACCGCGAAAAUCGUUAUAGUGUUUGAUUUUAUUAUAUUAUGGACGAUCAAAACCGCAUGAUGCAUCCGAGUGGUCAAGUCGGCGUUAUGCCUCAACCUUAUGGAAUGCAACCUGUAGAUCCAAAUCAUGGUACUCCUACGACACCCGAUCAAGAAACAAGAAGACAAGAUAUCGGCGAAAUACUGCAACAAAUAAUGAAUAUCACGGAUCAGUCACUAGAUGAAGCUCAAGCUAGAAAACAUACAUUAAAUUGUCAUCGGAUGAAGCCAUCGUUAUUCAGCGUGUUGUGUGAAAUCAAGGAGAAAACAGUAUUAAGUUUACGAAAUACACAAGAAGAAGAGCCACCAGAUCCGCAGCUGAUGAGGCUAGAUAACAUGUUAAUCGCUGAAGGAGUUGCCGGACCAGAAAAAGGAGGUGGUGCAGGUGCCGCCGCCAGCGCAUCGGCCGCCGCCUCAGGAGGUCCAGGCCAACCCGAUAAUGCUAUCGAACAUUCAGAUUACCGAGCAAAAUUGGCUCAAAUUAGACAAAUUUACCAUCAAGAAUUAGAAAAAUACGAACAGGCAUGCAACGAAUUCACCACGCACGUAAUGAAUCUGUUAAGAGAACAGUCACGGACCAGACCGAUUACGCCUAAAGAAAUUGAAAGAAUGGUGCAAAUAAUUCACAAGAAGUUCUCAUCUAUUCAGAUGCAGCUGAAACAGAGCACGUGCGAAGCUGUUAUGAUCUUACGGUCCAGGUUCCUUGAUGCGAGGAGAAAGCGACGAAAUUUCAGUAAACAAGCGUCAGAAAUUUUAAACGAAUAUUUCUAUUCACAUUUAAGUAAUCCUUAUCCUUCGGAAGAAGCUAAAGAAGAACUAGCCAGAAAGUGUAGCAUAACAGUAUCACAAGUUUCAAAUUGGUUUGGAAACAAGCGUAUUCGAUAUAAGAAGAACAUAGGCAAAGCUCAAGAAGAAGCAAAUUUAUACGCUGCGAAAAAAGCUGCCGGAGCGUCGCCGUAUAGUAUGGGUCCUACAUCGCAAGGUACUCCUACGCCAAUGAUGUCACCUGCACCUCCUGGUGGUCCGCAAGAUAGCAUGGGCUACAGUCUCAAUAUGAAUGGUAACGAUUAUGCUUCUCCAAUGUCUGGUUCGCAGCCACCAUAUUCUGAUGGAGGGAUAGGGUACGAUCCGAUGGGGCACCAAGGAGUUGUAACACCAAAAACAUCCGGUUCUCCACCGAUGAGAUCAGACGGUUGGAAUCCACCGAGAGAGCAAAUACCAGACUUUCAACCAUUGCACCCGGACGAUAGCGGCGAUUCUUCCGAUAUCGAUAUUAAACGACCUAAAAUGUAGACUGUAUCGCUCAUCAAUCCAAUUCCACUACAAGCCAUCUUCUUCGUAUGUGUACAUCAUUCGCGGAACCUGUAUACUAAAAAUCUUCGUAUUCUGUUCUUCGUGUUAAACUCAUCUCAUUUGGGCAAUUUUUAUGGAGCAUCUGUCUGCUUGUUUAGUUCGUGUAUAUCGAGAUGAUCAAGCUUUCAAAUCAUCACAACAACGAAAAAAAAACGAAAAAAAAACGUUGCACGGUAUUCAGACUUCUAUCUUCGUUUCCACACUUCUACUACUCGUAUUAUUUUACGCACACACAUACACUUGCGUGAUAAUUUAAACCCAGUAUACCUACAAUUUUUUUAUGAUAUUUUUCUUCUUGUGUUCUUUCACACUUGUAUACGACAAACAAAAUCAAAGGUUAACUAUGUAUACUUAUUUAUUAUUAUUUUUUUACGUGUUUUAAUUUAUUCGUUUCUAUUAGGAAAUUUACACGGUAUUUAACUAUACUGGAAUUGAAAUGGCUAUUUUUUUUUUCAAGUUGUUACCAUAUUCAAUUGACAUAAUUCGUGCUUCGAGUGUAAUUUGUAAAUUUGAAAUUUUAACAUAUUGACGAAGCAAAAAAAAAACUGUGCUCCGAAGACCACCAUAUUUUAAUUUUUGACUUUCCAAUCACAGUAUACAAAAUAACUACGCUUGGAUUAAUUUUGAUUUUUCAUUCUUAUUCUAUCUGUUCCUGUAUUUUUUUUAAUACGUGCCUUUGUAAGGAAAUUUCAGUAUACGAAAUUAUUGUUUUCUGUUUUUUUAUAAUUUAUAAGUUUAUCUUGCCUUUCCAACUCACCCAGUCAUAGCACUUCUUUUACCUAUGGAAUUGUUAAAGGUUUAUUUAUUUAUUUUUUGUUACUCGUUCGAUACGAGAUACGACACUGUACACGUAGAAUUAUUGUUAUCCUCUCUGUUUCGGGGGGUGUUUGAAAGCUUAUUUAUUCGAAUGAAAAUUUCGCCAGAGUAAUCGCUCUCAUCGUUUGAUCUUAAAUGGUGUGAAUCAUAUGUAAAUGUGUACAAUUUGUCGAAUUUUCCUACGUUUUGGCUAAAAACGUAUGACGGAAUUUAUCGACGAAGAAUUUUUUUGUAAAGUAUUUCGAAUUUUUAAUGUAAUGUUUUUAAUACGAUUGUAUGUAUACAUUUUUGGUAGUUAAUUGUCAAGGUUUUUUUUUUUUUUUGUAACUAUGCUAGGAUUUUAAACAUUAAGAGAAUAUUAAAUUGAGAGAUUUCAUUGGUAAAACCAUUUAAUUUGUACACAUAAUUCUAAUUGUAAAUUGUUUUACUUUUUUUCAAUGUUUGAUUUUCUUCUUCGUUUUUUUUCUUUCGUUGCAUCCUAUUCCUUUUUUAAGAGCUUAUGGAUAGAUCCAUUGUUGAAAUACCAUUUUCAGAACUCUGGAUCAUCCAUUGGUAACCUGAGUAUACGUACUAUAUACACAUCACUUUUAUUGUAUAUUCUUUGUUAUUUUACUAUUUUACGCGAAAAAAAAAUCAUUAAUGUUGAUCGAAUUUAUACGUCUGAAGGGUUUUUCCAUCCCCAUGAUGGAUUUUUUUUGAAAAGAAAGGUGCCAUACGUGUGGAUUUUUUUUUUUGAAAAAGAACGAAAUUUCUCCGAUUUAUAUUGAUUUGUUAAUUGAUUAGGAACUACUUAAUGUAUUCGUAUAAAAAAGAAGUUUGAUUUUUUUGCAAAUUUGAAAAUGAAAAAAAAAAUGUGAAGAAAUCGAGAAAUUGGAAAACGAGAGUUUGAUUUUGCAAGGUUGCCAUUUUGCCUCGGGUUGGACCGAAUCGCGAUCAAAAACAACGUAUAAAUUUGAUUAACUUCCCCUAUCCCCCCUGUCCCUAUGCUGUAGGUCGUUUUGCAAUAUAUAGAUUAUGUGGUUUGUAUUGUGGAAAAAAAAAAUUAACAUGGUGAAUGAGUGCUCGAAUGAAAAGGCAUUCAUUCUAUUGUGAUUUUCUGUAUACCAAGAUAAAGGCUACACGUCCUUUAUUCUAUUCGUAUACGACCUUUAUUGUAUUUUAAAAGUAUUAAAUUUUUAUUAAAAGUUUUACUAUUGAUAAGGCAUUGUGUAUAAAGAGAAAAAAAGUAUUACGUAAGUUUAUAAUUUGUGCUUCGUUCUGUAGUUAAUUAAUUUUCGUUACACGAAUGCGCGCUGAAGCUUUCUGUACUUUUAAUGUGUAUUUAAGCACAAAUAAAUUAAUUUUUAUUUUUAUUUAAUAUAGUCUUAUGUACCUCUACUUCUCUCUCAAAAAGCUCUUUUUAUGGAAACAGUAAACAUAAAAAAAAAAGAAAGGCAACUAUAGUCGACAUUUUUUUCUUCUCAGUAUUGAUAAUCCGAUGAAUUAUAAUUAUGAAAAUUUUUCGUAGACGAGUUACCAUUUUGACGCACAUCGUACUUGUAUUAUUAUAAUUAUUAUUUUAUUUUUUAUUUCAUUUUCCAAUAUCUAAAAAGUAGCGAAUGCAUUUUUUUUUAUUCAUAUCAAUUAGAACGAUUGAGGUAAAUCGUCUCCUAUCGUUUUAUUAUGAUUGUAUUAAAUUUUUAAAAUCCAAAAUUUAAUUUAUGGCUUGUUUUUUUUCCACCAAAAGAAAAAAAUUGUAAUCGGAUUAUUACGUAAUAUUAAUUUUAAUUUGCUUUUGAUAUAUAAUGUUUCUUUUGUUACUUAUAAUUUUUGGGAUACGUUUUAUUUUUUAAAUUUUAUUGUUCCAUGUGUGUUUUUUUUUCUCGGCAUUAUAUGUGCAUGUAAAAGAUAUAAUGUUUUAACUUAUUUAAUUCUUUGCAUAAUAUGUUAAUUUUUAUCUGUGAAUUAUAAAAAGAAACGAUUGUAUACGAAAUAGCCUUUAAUCUGUUUUAACAUUGUAUAAAACAGUCCGGAUAUUGUUAUUUCAUGUUAUGUACUUUUUUUUUGGACAAUAACAAUGAUUUCUUGCAGUA